GAUUCAAGAAUUGACUUACAUCAUGGUAUAUGCGUUACAAUCUAAAUUAGCCAGCAUGGGCACCGACUUCAAACAGAUACUAGAAGUGCGUAUAGAAAAUCUCAAACAACAAAAAGCGCGUCGGGAUCAAUUCGGGCAGUCACCAAUUGCUGCUAGCACUGUUCGCUCGAGUACAGCGAAACAGGGCUCCUUGCUGUUAAGCGAAGAGAAUACGGCCGUAAGCAUUGACAUGGCCGCAAGUGAUACAACACCAUUGCUGGGUGCAGUCGAAGGUAGUGGAAUACAGACGCAGCAGCAGAUUGCAUUAUAUGAUGACUCCGAUAGUUACGCGCAACAGCGGGCUGAGACUAUGCAGAACAUUGAAUCGACUAUUGUCGAGCUAGGCGGUAUAUUUCAACAAUCAGCACAUAUGGUUAAGGAGCAAGAGGAGACUGUGGAGCGUAUCGAUACAAACAUACAAGAUGCCGAAUUGAACAUAGAAGUGGCGCAUGGUGAAAUAUUGAAAUACUUCCAAACUGAUGAUAAAAAUCUUCGCAGUACUGAUAUUCUUUUUCAUAUUCUUCGUAGUUUUCCUUACAUAAUAACGAAUAUGUUUGUGACACGGCAAGAUUUUAACAAGUUCAGAGGCGCGGUCUUAAAGUUGUGGGUUUUUAAAUACAUAAAUAUAUAAUAUCCUAUUCAUAUACAUACAUAUAAAUCACACUAAUGUAAUAAUGAAAUUAAGUCUUAUAUGCCACGUGAAACACGAUAGCUUUUAGAAGCAGUCACGUAGGGUUAGACACUA